ACUGUAGCGAAUGAUAGUUCAUUUUUUAUUGUUAAUUCAAAGAUGACUAAAAUAAGUAUAAUUUUGCUGAUGGCAUUAAUAGGCACUUCAACUUCAUCCUAUGUGGAUGGUUUUGCAGGUCUAAGGAACAGCUUGCUCGAGCAACAGGUUUUACAAUUACUCGAAACAUUUAGAGGUAUAAUGUUAACUGGUUCUGGCGACAUUCCGAUUCUAGAUCCCCUGCAAGUAGAACAUGUACACGUAGAUGAAAAUAUAAUUGAUUUGCCAGGGGCGCACGUGACAGUCAAAGAUUUGGUUCUGCAUUACCUUAGUACUUUUGUUGUGGAUCACUUGAGAAUUUCAAUAACCGGUUUACUUCCAGUGCGGUAUUCGGUGCAGUUUGAAGCACACAUUCCAAUUAUAAUCGCCGAAACUGAUGAGUACGAUUUAUACAUUACAGCGAUGAAUUAUGAAAUAUUUGGUAGAGGAGACGGCAAAGCCGAGGUUAUUGAGCCACGAGUAUCGGGUUCCUUUACGUUUGCAGUUUUGAGCACCACGGUAUCGGAUAUGGUCGUCAACAUUGGUUUAAGCAAGUUUGAGCCUCAACUGACUGGACUAUUCCACCACGACGGCGCUAAUAACUUCGCUAACGCUUUUCUCGCCAACUUGGUUCCGGAAAUUGUUGUUUUCUACAAAGAUGAAAUUAGUGACUUUGUAAGUCCUUUAAUACAAGAUAUUGCAAAUCAAAUACUGGAAAACGUAAGCAUAGGGGAUUUAUUUCCCCAAUUCCAAAAAAAUAAGAAUAUGUAAUUGGAUGGACUAUCGUAAAACAAUGUUACAAUAUCUACUGGUAUUAAACUGGCAAAAAAGAAAUAAAAACCCUUGAGAAUAA